GUCUGCGUCACCUGACUAGCAGAGGCUUAAACCCAGAGUUGUGGCCGCUGUACCGCAGUGCAGCAGCGUCAGGAAACCGACGAACUCCGCAGUACUGAGACAGAGAGAACUUACACUGGAUAAAGGAGCUCAGCACUGAGAACUCAACAUGCUCCUUCUUACGCUUCUUUUGGCCUCCACGGCCUUGGCCAGCCCUCUGCUGGGAACUGAGCAGUGUGCUAAUGGACCUCCGUACUGGUGCCAAAACGCCAAAACUGCUUCCCUUUGUGGCGCUGUCUCCCACUGCCGUCAAAACGUCUGGAACCAACCUCAUAUGAAAUCAGUGCCAUGUGACUUGUGCAAGGAGUUGUUGGUUGUUGUGGACCAGCUGAUUAAGGACAACUCCACAGGGGCUGAGAUCCUGGGCUACCUUGAGAAAGCAUGCCAGCUGAUUCCAGAUGAAGGCCUGGCUGCUCAGUGCAAGGAAAUCGUUGACAACUACUACCCUGUCCUCAUUGACAUUAUUAAGGGAGAACUGGAUGACCCAGAUGUUGUAUGUAGUGCCCUAGGCCUGUGUAAAACCCAGCAGGAGGUUCUUGCCAAAGCACAACUCAUGUCCAAUGAGAUUCCUAAGAUGGAUUUGUCCAAGAGGGUUGGUCCCUUACUUCUCAACAUCCCUCAGCUCCUUUACCCCGAAGAGAAUGCCAUUAAGGAGAAGGAGACCACCAAAGGGGAGAGUGGCGUUUUGUGCGACGACUGUGUGAAGUUCAUCACCGACGUUCAAGACGAAGCUAAGAAAAAUGCCUCCUUCAUCAACUCACUGAUUGAGGAGAUUGAGAGCCAGUGUGACUUGCUGGGUCGUGAAUUUUCUGAUCUUUGCAAGCAGUAUGUCGGCCAGUACGCGCCUCUUAUUUUACAGCAGCUCAUGUCCAUGCAACCCAAAGACAUCUGCUGCCGUGCUGGUUUCUGUGACUCCACCCCUGAAUCCGUGCCCAUGCUGAAUCUGCUUCCUGCUAAAUCCAUCGCUCCAAAGAAAACCAUCGCGGCCAUUAAAUUGGAAAAGGCGUCUCUUCUCAAGCCUGCCAAGAAGAUGGUGCGUGCCCGUGAGUCCCCUCAGUGUGCCAUCUGUGAGUUUGUGAUGAAGCAGCUUGAAAGUUUAAUCCAGGACCAGACCACUGAGGAAGAAGUGGUGCAAGCUGUGGAGAAAGUGUGCAGCCUCCUGCCCUCCACUCUUUCUGCUCAGUGCAAAGAACUGAUCGAGACCUAUGGCCAGGCAAUCAUUGAACUGCUGCUUCAGGAAGCUGAUCCCAAGACUGUUUGCGGCAUUCUGGGGCUUUGCAAGGACGCAAGUCGCAGCUUUAUCCCUGUAAUGGAGAAAUCUGAGUUUAAGGCCGGUGGAUUCUGUGAUGUGUGCAAGAUGGCAGUGCGCUAUAUAGAUAACCUCCUGGAGAAGAACGCCACAGAAGCUCAGAUUGAGGAGGCUGUGAAGAAAGUCUGCAACUUUCUGCCUGAUGAAUAUAAAACUCAGUGUGACCAGCUCGUUGAACAAUAUGAGCCUCUGCUUAUCCAGCUGCUGCUCCAGGCCCUUGAUCCUGAGUUUGUCUGCAUGAAGCUGGGUGCAUGCCCUGGUGCACUGAAGAUGCUGCUAGGUGUUGAACAGUGCAGUUGGGGCCCAGCCUUCUGGUGCAAAAACAUGGAGACUGCCACCCGCUGUAAUGCGGUGACCCACUGCAGACGUCAUGUGUGGAGCUAAAAUGGAGUGCACAAACUGAUUUUAGGAGCAAAAGGAGACUUUCUGUAGCGCUUUGUCGCUUUUACAAAAAAAAUGAAAUACAAUUAGCCCUUCCUCUAUUUUUAGAUGGUGAAAUGGAUUUAUAAUAGUGUAAUCAAAACUUGAGUAAUUUAGCCAUCCAGGGAGGGAUCAAGUUGCCACUUAAGGAAGGAAAAAAGUACUAUGGAGAAGGGUGAAUUUAUUUUUUCCCUACUCAACUGAACUUGAACUGAAUCUUCUUGAACUGCUGACAUUUUGAGAAGUGUGUGUGGGAUAGAUUUAGUUUUCUUUUUCUUUUUUUUUUUUUUUUCCCCUUCCCUCCCUUUAAGCUGCUUAAAAAAAAGAGGAAGUAAAUGACCUUCAUAAUAGAUUUAAUUUCCUUGUGGACCCUGACUGCUAUAGCCAUCAGGGAGUAAACUGAUUUAUGAGCUUGUUUUUACUGACAAAUUUUUCACCCUAAUUAGGUUGUGUUAGUCAUUGUUUUGUAAAGCAUCUAUUGACUUUAAGGCCCUAAUAAGUUCGUCUGACUGCACGCCCAGUUUGUGUCUUUUUUUUUUUUUUUUUUUUUUUUUUGGUCAGUCACAUGAUCCUGAGCUUUAUUGUGCUUUAAACUUACUCGCCUGUUUUGUUGGAAUCUGUAAAAAUUUUUAAUGGAAAUUAAACAAAUCUAAAUCUA